AUGGGCGGAUCACUAGUGUUCCUCUACUCACCCAAGUCAAUUUACCUUCUUUCCAGCGGCUCCUCGAAUUCGCAAAGCUCCUCCUCAUCUUCUGGCUUUUCGACUAGCUCUGAAACUACAGCUGAUGGACGAGUCUCGAGAACGACGGUUUAUGGUGGCACGCCGUAUACUAUCACACAGAGCAGCCAAUCCUCUCCCAACGCGGCACAAGGAGGAACAGUUUCUUCGAUCCAAAUAGGACAAAAUCCACCUCAAAUAUUCCAAGACUCGUUCCCAAGAGUUUCGAUGCCAUUUCAAACAUCGCAAUUCGGUAAUCGACCUAUGCAGUCUUUGGGCAUGCCAAUGUUACCCCUGCCUCUGCCAAUACCACCUCUAGCCCAAGCGGCAACAGUCCCGCAGGCUUCACCAAUAGCACCUCCAAACCCCUCUUCAACGGCUGCUUCCCCUAAUAUUGGGCAGCCGCAGGGCGUGAACUCUUCACCGAGACUGGCGAAGGCAGUGGUAUCUGAUGCGAAUGUAGCCGAUGUAGCCAACCAAGCCCCCCAGCUUCCUAACCAGCUUCCAGACACUGCAAAUCGACCCUCUAAUCCUAUACCGCCGGUAUCCUCAAACCCCGCUUCCACGCCGGCUUCUACCAAUGCUGCACAGGGCUUGAACCCACCACCAAGACCGACGAAGGCAGUUACAAAUCAGCUGCUCGAAACAUCAACUCAGCCCUCCCCUCCCCCGACUGCAUCCCCAAACCCUCCUGCCAUGCCGCCUUCGGCUAAUGCUGCACAAGGCUUGAAUUCCCCGUCGCCGACGGUAUCUCCAAACUCGCCUACCACGCCGCCUUCCGCCAACGCUGCACAGGGCUUGAAUCCACCAGCAAGACCUACCAAAGCAGUCACAUCAGAUCCAAAUACGACCGAGACGGCCAACCAAGCCCCCCGGCCUCCCACUCAGCUUCCCGAAACUUUGAAACCUCCCCAAACUGCCGAGAAAACAGGACCAGCACCAUCGGACCCCGCCGGCGCCGGCGCCGCUCAAACUCCUACUCCCAAGGCCAAUGCCACCAACGCCAGUCCGGUCCGCAAUUUCCCCGUCUUGGGAUUGCCCGUUGGCCCGCAUCCCCAGGAACUCGUCAGCACCAAACCGACGACAGAAAAUUUCACUCCAGAGCGAACAGCAGCCCCCCAGCAAAAUACCACAUCGCAAGCGCAGCCUGUGAACAACAAUCCAGCAAGCCAGAUGCAGACCCAGACCCCGGCCCAGCUAUUCGCCCAGGUACCGCCCCAAGUGCUGGCCCAGACAACGGCCCAGACACCGCCUCAAACACCGGCUAGAACACCGGCCCAAACACCGCCUCAAACACCGCCUAGAACUCAAGCUCAAAUACCGGCUCAAGCACAGCCACAGACACCCGCUCAAGCACAGGCUCAAACACCGGCUCAGGCACAGAGGCAGCCUAACAAUCCCCCACCAACAGCAGCGCCUGUGCCAGCAACAGGAACGGCCGCCGGCAAUGAUUCUCGAUUGGAGACUGGUGUGAUCCCUGUGAUUAUUGAAUCAUUCACCGCCGACGGGCUUCCGUUCAGAAGCGAAGGCCUUGUCAAGAUCUCCAACAUCGUCCCGCUUGCUUGA